AUGGCCUCCCACGUCGUCGUCUUGGAUGCUGCCUUCAAGCGCAUCCAAGUCAAGGUCACGCCCGCCACUUCCCUUCGUAGCGUCCUCGAGCAAGCAUGCGACAAGUUCCAACUCGACCCCGAUCAGCACAUCCUCAAGAACACAAAGGACAAACCCAUCGACCUUUCUCUCCCCUUCCGUCUCUCCGGUCUCGUCUCAGGCGCAAAGCUGCAGCUUGUCCAAUCCUCACGCUCUCCUUCGGCCGUCAAGGUCGCUCUACAACUACCCGCCGAAGACAACUCGCCACGUCUAGAAGAUCAUUUCCCCAGCAACACUCCACUCUGGCUCAUUCUCCGCAAGUUCGAGGAUGGUGUCGCUGGCAACACAAACAAACUCAACCUCACCGAGCGAAGCGCCCUGAGCUCGCAGACUGGCAGCGGCUAUCUCUGUUAUCUACAACCUUGUCUGAACAUUGGAGGCAGCGCANAAGAGCUAUCUUCCUUCUUGGAUCUACAAAAAUCUCUCGCUCAACUGGGUCACAAUCGCGGCAAUGUCUUGAUCAGACUAUCAUUCAAGAAUGAGGGUGUGCGCAUGGAAGAAGCCAAGGCUCAGAUUACCACAUACCUACAAGCUCUGUCGCCUCAAGAAGCGUCACAGGUGCAAACUGGUUCAUCACACGGUGCACACUCGGCUCCGGAUGUGCAGCUCUCGUCACUUCCUAACGCCGACGCUGACAACUCUGCCGUACCACGCGAAGACGACGCUGCCCAGGACCCAUCAGGAGAUACCAUCAUGACUCCCGCUCCCGACCUUGCUCCUUCAGAACAGCCCACACAAGAAGAUGAUAUGAUAGCAUCAUCUUCCACGACGCAGAUGCCCUCGACUGAAAGUCAAUUCCCUUCACUGGACUCAGGUAUCUCGGUCUAUGCUGCUCCAUCCAAUAACACUCCACUCGCUGCUAGGCAGACAUACAACGAGGCCGACUACUUACCUUCCGUCGAACAUGCCAAUGCCCAUCAAGCCAGUCUUACCAAACUGGGCAGAAAUACACGUUUACUAUCGGACAAGGAGAUAGCUGCCAAUAAUGCAAGCAAAGCAGCCGCUCUCGCUGAGAUCAAGACCGCGACUCUCCGCCUACGCUUCCCGGAUACGGUGCAAGUUGAAUGGCAAGUCACACAGUCAGAUACCUCCGAGUCUCUCUAUACGAAGGUCAAAGAGAUGCUCGAUGAUCCUUCGCUCAAGUUCAGACUGCAGAUGACUGGCCCUCAGAUGAAGCCACUCAUCUUCGAUCCUACAAGCCAACAGAGACUGAUCAAGGAUCUUGGUGUUCGAGAUCGCUCUCUGAUCAUCUUUGUCUGGGACGAGAGCGUCUCGAAAGAAGUUCGUGACCGACCAUUACUAAAACAAGCCCUCAGAGGACAAGCCAAGGAACUGGAGGUCAAAGAGCCAGUUGCAGAAGAAGAGGUCAAACAAGCACUUGCAUCCAAGGCCGAAGAACCUAAGAAGAAGUCUUCGCUUUCGUUUGCGGAAAGAGAGGCCAAGCUGAAGAAAAUGAUGGGCUUUGGUGGUAUUGGAAAGAAGAAGUAA